AUGAACUGUCCGACGUGCCUCCUCCACUGUAUCGUGACUAAAGUAGCACAGUACAAAAAUCUCUACCAAAAACCAAACCACCCAGUACACGGUUUCAAGAAAGUCUUCCGUACUGUCGCCCUGCUGAACCUCGGCCUCCGCAUACCGGACGGACAUCAUGCAUGUGUUAUACCCCAGCUCCACCAGUGUCACGAACUGGUAAAGCAGCAGGAUCGUGUUUUGCACUCCGAAACAGCAGUUAAGCAGCCCGAUUGCCUUGAGGAGCUGGCCAUGGAUGCGGACAAGAUGACGCACCGACUCGUAUGCCGCCUCACUGCCACGUACCAGAUGGGGCAGCAGUUGGAGCAGCCAGCGGUUAAGCAGCUUCAACCGCUCGCUGAUUAGCAGCGCAAAUGCCACAAACUGUAGCUCGCUGAUAACGCAAAGCGUUUGAGGUAUGAUGCAAAGCAGCAGGCAGUUGGAUGAGAAUGGGGAACCACUGUCACGGAUGUACAUGAGGCAGUUGGAUACCUCCAGCACGGC